AGCACGCGUUCGCUCUCGCCGUUCUCAGCGCGCGAGGCUGCGCCGGGCUUCCGAUGCCGGCGGCGCGGUGUGCAUACUCACAUUUCGCCUGACGAAUUCGCGGUGUGCACGCGCGUGCGGCCGAGCUCUUGGGCGUCCCAGUCGGAAGCCGCCGCUGCUCGUCUAUUCGCCCACCGCCAUCCUUCCACCUACCACAGGGAGCCUUCAACAGUUUGGUCGCAGGCGUAGCCCGGGUGUGCAGCAGCCGUGCCUUGCAGCAAAGGUCCAUUCUCAAGGCUUUUCCGGACUCCCCCGGCGAGCGUCCCGUCUGUUGGCAGGCUGAGCGGACGCAGCCUUGGCAUUUGCGGAAGCCCGAGUCGACGACCGGCGCUAAGUUCAACGAGACCACACCAUGGCUCCUUUAACGGAAACGAUCACGGAGAGGCGUCCGAGUGCUACAAGCGAAACAACAUCGGUGGUAGCCAAACCGAACCAAGAAGCGACUCCAAAAAACUACAAACUUGAGAUGGUUUGGUGGAACGUGUUUAAGAUAUCACUCAUCCACAUCCUUGGUAUUUUUGGCAUCUACGAGAUGUACUACAGCAAGUGGCAGACGCAUGUCUUUGGCAACAUCAUCCUCAUCUUCUCUGGCAUCAGUGUCACUGCCGGAGCCCACAGGCUCUGGUGUCACCGAGCGUACAAGGCGAAGAUGCCGCUAAGAAUUUUCCUGAUGAUCUUCAACUGCGUGGCGGCUCAGAACGACCUUUACGAGUGGGUGCGCGACCACCGCGUCCACCACAAGUACUCGGAGACCGAUGCCGACCCACACAACGUGAACCGCGGAUUUUUCUUUGCGCACGUCGGCUGGCUCUUGUGCAGAAAACACCCGGAGGUGACCGAGAAGGGCAAGCACAUCGACUGCAGCGACAUCCUGCGGGACCCCGUGGCAAGAUUCCAGAAACAGUACUACAUGCGGCUGGUGCUUCUGUUCUCCUUCAUACUGCCCACCGUUCUCCCUGCUUGGCUCUGGGGCGAGUCGUACUGGAACGCCUUCUGCACAGCCACCAUGCUGCGCCUCAUCCUGUCGCUCAACUUCACUUGGUCGGUGAACAGCUUCGCCCAUCUCUGGGGCAACAAGCCGUACGACAAGAGCAUCUCUCCCACCGAGGCUCCCUGGGUGUCCUUCGUCGCCGUCGGCGAAGGCUUCCACAACUUCCACCACACGUUCCCCUGGGACUACUCGACCAGUGAGUUGGGAUGGAAGCUCAACAUGAGCACCAUGUUCAUUGACAUCAUGGCCAAGCUUGGGCAGGCAUAUGACCUCAAGGUCGCCUCCAGGGAGGCCGUCUUAGCCCGAAAGUUGAGAACUGGAGACGGAACGCGGCUGCCCAGGAGGUUCCGCAAGAUGGCCGCGGCAGAAAGAGAAAACGCUGCCGCAGCGGCUACAGCGGCGGUAACUGGAGCAAGCCAGGGCUGAGGCCGCUAGAUAUGCUUGAAGAAAGGGAAAUUCGCAAGAGGUACAGCCAGAAGCGACGCCAACGAUCGGCACGGGGACUGCUGCAGGUGAAACACACGUGCACCAGUGGGCAGCUGAUGUAACGAUCAUGCAUGGACUACUGCAUUCUUCAGACGAGUGUGGCGUGUUCAAACGGCGGUUAUUACGACUUGCCUUGAUGGCUGCUCUACGGGGCUGUCUUAUAGAAUAUACCAUAUCUCACUUUCUGAGAUGGUAUAUCCUACCAUCUCUAAGCUCUUUCUGGCAACGACGUACAUCGCAUGUUGGCGGUCUUUGUGCGCAGAAAAGACGUCGUGUGACAACAUGCGUUGGCUUGAGCAAAAGAAAAAAAAAAUAUGUGAUCUGACUCACAAACAGAAUAACUCAUCUGCAUUAUAGUGAGAAAAAACUUGGCGUUAGCAGAGGCGUAUCUUUGCGCGCAUAGCUUACGCAUACAAGGAAAGGAUGCGACAAGCGCUCGUACAAGAACUCGACAAGUUAGUGUAUUCGUAAGGAUUCAACUUGCAACAAGUUCUCGAAGAAGAGAGUAGUCAUCACGUGCUCCGCUUUUUUUGGUUCGAUUGAGGUAGCUUUCACGUAUGGAAGCAACAAAUCUUGCUCGUGUACUGUAAUGGACUCAAUAGUGUGCUUAUUUCCGCGCGCUUCCACUUCAUCGCUGCUGAGUUGUCGUCGUGGU